UGGUUUCCUGUCUCUAAAGCCUCACUCCCUGCAGCUCUCCAGACAGUCCUCAGCGCAGCUGCCGCCGCCGCCUCCUGCCACAGCCCAGCAUUUCUCCGCCACUCACGCGACCCCCAGGGACCCCGCACCAUGAGGGCCUGGAUCUUCUUCGUGCUCUGCCUGGCCGGCAGGGCCCUGGCCGCCCCUCAGCAGGAAGCCCUGCCUGACGAGACCGAGGUGGUGGAAGAAACCGUGGCCGAGGUGGCUGAGGUGCCCGUGGGGGCCAAUCCCGUGCAGGUAGAAGUAGGAGAAUUCGAAGAAGGUGUCGAGGAAGCCGAAGAGGAGGUGGUGGCCGAAAACCCCUGCCAGAACCACCACUGCAAGCACGGCAAGGUAUGCGAGCUGGACGAGAACAACACCCCCAUGUGCGUGUGCCAGGACCCCACCAGCUGCCCCGCCCCCGUCGGCGAGUUUGAGAAGGUUUGCAGCAAUGACAACAAGACCUUCGACUCCUCCUGCCACUUCUUUGCCACCAAGUGCACCCUGGAGGGCACCAAGAAAGGCCACAAGCUGCACCUGGACUACAUCGGGCCCUGCAAAUACAUCCCCCCCUGCCUGGACUCCGAGCUGACCGAGUUCCCCCUGCGCAUGCGGGACUGGCUCAAGAACGUGCUGGUCACGCUGUAUGAACGGGACGAGGGCAACAGCCUGCUGACCGAGAAGCAGAAGCUGCGGGUGAAGAAGAUCCACGAGAACGAGAAGCGCCUGGAGGCGGGCGACCACCCCGUGGAGCUGCUGGCCCGGGACUUCGAGAAGAACUACAACAUGUACAUCUUCCCCGUGCACUGGCAGUUCGGCCAGCUGGACCAGCACCCCGUGGACGGGUACCUGUCCCACACGGAGCUGGCCCCCCUGCGCGCUCCCCUCAUCCCCAUGGAGCACUGCACCACCCGCUUUUUCGAGACCUGCGACCUGGACAGCGACAAGUACAUCGCCCUGGACGAGUGGGCCGGCUGCUUCGGCAUCAAGGAGCAGGACGUCAACAAGGACCUGGUGAUCUGAGUCCGGCCCCGCAGAGCCGCCCCCCGCCCCCACCCCCGCCCACGCCCCCUUGUUUAAAAUGUCUGGAUGGUUUGUGGUUCUGCCUGCACAGGUGCUAACAUAGAGCUAAUGAACACGCUAACGGUGCUACAGCGGAGGCCGGAGCCAGCUCUGGCCGCCGUCCCCGCCCGCGGCCCGGCUCCCCCAGGCCCGCUCUGACACUCUCCUCGCAUCGCCUCUGCCGACUGAGGCCGGGCGUCCGCUGCCCUGCCCGGGCCGCCCGGUGCGCUCGGGACGUGCUGGGGCCGGGGCCCGCCCUCCACGCCCGCAUUUCACAUCGGGCUGUUGUCCACACUUCGGUGAGCGGGAACCCCAGAUCCCCGCACUCACGAGGCCUCUGGGAGUGGAUCUGCCCCCGGUCGGCCUGUGGGACCCUAGGGCUGGGGUGCAGCCACGGCGGCAGAGCACAGCAGGCUCGCUGGGGGUUCAGCCAGGCGUCCCCCGGGCCCCAUCCCCUGGCUCCCGGCACCCCCCCCUCCUUCCUGCCAAGAAUCGAGAGAAUCUCCAGCGUGAACAGGAUGGUCGAGCUCCCAGGCUGAGAACCGCCGCCUCCAAGCAUUUCAUGAGAAAGCUGCUCCUCAUCCUCGGCGACCCCGAGUCUGACAGAUCUUUCAAAUAAAACGUAACGACUUAGAAACGGC